AUGGCCGUCAACCUGGCCGACGAUGAACUGUUCACGAGGGCCAUCUCUGGGUAUCGCGAGGCAUUUUUGGUUCAGCACUCCCACCUCUCGGAAUCCGAACGAAACCAGCUCUGGAGUCAGCGACUGAGCCAGUUCCUCCCCGCCAACGAUGACGACGACGAGGGCCCGACAGGCGGCAAAUCGGGGAAACGAACUCGACAGGAUACACCGCGGACGCUUCCCUCUUCUGGUUCUGGUCUUCCGCAGGCGAAACGACGAGCCACCACCCCGGAUCUUCCAGUCGCCGCCGAUGCCACGCAGGCCCCCUCCGUCGACAAAGGACCGGGGUCCUACCGGCACACGCCCAUGGUCCGCUCGCAGAGCCAGCAGAUCCCGGUCUCUCACCGGCGGCCCCCAGCCAGUUCGGUCAUGGGCAAACGGCUCUCUCUCAGGGCGUCCGCGACCACGCGGCGCCUUGACCAUGUCGACGAGUACUCGCCGUCCGAAUACGCAAAGCACUAUUUGGAUGACUCUCCCAGCCAGCCUCCACGCUCGGCGUUGACUCUCGGGCUCACGGCACAGCAUCCUGGACCAUCUGGAUCGGUAUCCUUUCAGCAGCACCGGCCAUCAUCCCUCCAGGCAGACCAGCCUCCGGCCGCCGCCGUGGAAAUGCGACGCAGCGUGACGACUGACACGCUCUGCGGCGGGUUCAACUCGUUCAGUUUCGACUCAGCGGGAUCGGGUGUGGAUCUCGGCUCCAUGUAUUCCAUCCCCCCGGAGUUGGUGUCCAUGGCCACCUCCGAUACACCGUAUCAUGAUCCCCUUCCUUCUCCCGUGCAACCUGACAUAGAUUCCCAUGUACUAUUUCCAUUUUCUCAACCCACUUCCUUCUCGACUUCCGCGCCGCGCAUCACCUCUUACCCGCUGCUGAUGCCUUCAUUCGCCAUGGCGGUGGACACGCGGUUGUCAAGCUCGAUCGACAGCGACCAUUCAUCCACGUCGCCGCCCUCCCGCGCCUCCCGGCGGGCUCAAGAACAGAUUGCCCAUGGCGCUCGCCCCAUCGCCCCCAAGCGGGAGACAGACACCAGCAUCUCAUCCCAGCCCGUUCCGACCGAUGCACCUAAGAUGGUCCGGAUCUCCUCCGCGGACGGCACAGCCAAAGAGGUGGCAGCAAUUCCCAAAGUGACCGUUCAACGGCCACAGCGGCCCAAAACCUACUGCCGGCUGUGUAACGACCAGCCCGACGGGUUCCACGGCGACCACGAGCUACGCCGACACAUCGAGCGCGUGCACGCCCCCGUCCGCAAAGUUUGGGUGUGCGUGGACAUCUCGCCAGAUAAGACUUUCCUGGCCAACUGCAAAGCAUGCCGCAAUGGCAAACGCUACGGGGCCAACUACAACGCGGCCGCGCAUCUGCGUCGCACCCACUUCAAUCCCUGCCAGCGUGGCCGUGGCGGCCGCGGCAAGGACAGCGAGAAGCGCGGCGGCAAGGGUGGUGGCAACCAUCCCCCGAUGGAGGUGCUGCGCCACUGGAUGCGCCAGACCGAGGAGGUAGCCGAUGAGAACCUCCUGCGCGAUCUGGAGGCCGGCGAGCCGGCCCUUGACGCACCGCCCGUCGCCCUGCCCGACGGGGGCUACAGCAACGCUGAGCUCGGCAUGGAGGCGACCGUGAUGCACGGAUAUGACGCCCUUGCUCCAUUCGACAUCGAUCCCGCGCUGGACGCGCCAUUCUACCUCGACGCGCAGGCGUUGCCGUCGGAGCUCGAGUCGUACGUCAUGUAA